UAUUCCUAAAAUACUUUUCAUUAAGAUGAAUAAUAAAAAAUCAUUUAAUUAAAUAUUUAAAACGGCAGUGUUAAAACAGUAUAAAAAUAAUUAAAAAAAUUAUAUUUAAGUUUAUCUUUUCUUCACUUAUAUUAAUUAUAAUUGAGUUUUGGAGAAUAAUUUAUCAUCUUUAUUUAUUUAUUGCAUUUGUGUAAAGCUGAAAUUCUUCAAUUCACCCCACCGUCCAAACUCGAAAGACUAUCUCCUCGCCGCCGCUGCACCACAUCUCCGGCAGCCCCAACUGAUAUCGAAAACCUUGAUUUCCCAGAAUGGUGGAGGAAAAAGAGAAUUUGGGUCAUUACAAAGUUGGGUCUUUGCCAACUCUGUUUUACGUUCCUGACUUCAUCACAGACAGUGACCAAAGCCUUCUUCUAAACAACAUUUAUGAAGCCCCUGCAUCAAAGUGGAAGAUGUUAAAGAAUAGAAGGCUACAGAAUUGGGGUGGUGUUGUCCACGAGAAGGGCCUUCUACCUCAAGUUUUGCCUCCAUGGUUAACAAAUCUCACACAAAAAAUAUGUGAUGAAUCUGGGCUGUUCCCAUCACCAAUGAACCAUGUUCUUAUCAAUGAAUACCAGCCUAAUCAAGGCAUAAUGCCACAUCAAGAUGGACCUGCCUAUUUUCCAGUAGUAGCCAUUCUAUCACUUGAAUCUCCUGUUGUCAUGAACUUCACUCCCCAUGCAAGAUUCAAACAAGAUUCCCAGGAUGAUGUUGACAAAGAUUCUGAUUUUGAGAUUGGAAAAGAUAAGUGGCUUGAUGAACACCACCCUUUCUCUGUUUUAUUGAUGCCUCGCAGUUUAUUGAUAUUCAAGGACAAAGCAUACUCAGAUUACUUACACGGUAUAAAAGAUUGCACACUACACUGCUACAAUGGGGCUGUGAAUGAAACUCAAGCUUUGAAACACAAGGAAUCAGAGGGAGACUUCUUUAACUUAGAGGAUGCAGCAUUGGAUACAACAGGAAAGGAAGAGUAUAAGAAUAUAUCAAGAACAUCCAACAGAGUUUCAUUGACCUGUCGAUUGGUUCCCAAAGUUCACAAAAAUUUGUUUAGGUUUUGAAUUUGUAUAUUUCAUUUUAUCCCCAUCCCAUUUAAAGAUCAAUUGGGAUCGGUAAAGGGAUAAUACAAAAACAUUCAGUAGAGAAUUCAAAUUCGUUCGGCCUAUACAUUUCUUCAGUUUUGUUUUC